AUGUUGAGAAAAGAGACCAGCCAGAAACCCGCAUCCCCUGCAUCGGCAGGCGGACUCUCAACCACGGCGCCACCAGGGAAGCCCAAUAAGCAGGUUUUAAACCCCUGCUUCAGACCUCAGGAGGCGGAAACGGAAUGCACGAAGGGGCUGUUCCGCCAGAGCCAGCGCUACGUGAACCUCUUCUGUGCCAACAUGAUGGACCUGAACCGGAGAGCUGAGGCCAUCGGAUAUGCCUACCCCACCCGGGACCUCUUCAUGGAAAACAUCAUGUUCUGUGGAAUCGGUGGCUUCUCCGACUUCUACAAACUCCGGUGGCUGGAGGCCAUUCUCAGCUGGCAGAAGCCGCAGGACGGAUGCUUUGGGAAGCCAGGUGCUGAAGAUGAAGAAUUACCCAAAGCCAUUCAGUACCAACAGCAUCUUUUGAGAAGAGUGAAGAGGCGAGAAAAACAAUUUACAGAUGGCUGCUCUUCCCACAACACGGCCAUGGCUAUCACGGCCCUGGGUGGCUUCAUCUACGUCCUGGCGGAACUCCCGCCAGCAGACUGAGAGCUGCGGCCGCCCACACCGACACCACCCAGCAGCCACUGACAAGGAUGGUUCCACGCCUGCCACCCGCCAGGAAGGUGAAACGCACUCCUUUCGUCCUUCCUUCCUUAGUCCUGGGGCCUGGGUCACACCCUGAGAAGGAGGCAGCCGAAGCAAAGCAAUCCAGU